AUGUCAGUCGAAGUGAUCACCACCAUCUCGCCCACCACGGGUGAACCCAUUCUCACUCGCAAUGGCAUUUCAGAGGAGGAACUUGUCCAACUGCCCGAGACUGCUUUCAAGGCCUUCCAAGGAUGGCGCACUACCAAGCUGGAGGACAGACAGAUCAUCGUCAAGAAGGCCUUGAAGUUGCUGGCUGAGAAGCAGGAUGAACUCGGCGAGGAACUUAGCGUCCAGAUGGGCCGUCCCAUCGCUUAUACUGCCAAGGAGGUUGCCACUGCCAUCAAGCGCUCAGAGUAUCUACUCAAGAUCAGCAACGAUGCUCUCAAGGACACUGAUGGUGAGGAGGAGAAGGGAUUCAAGAGGUUUAUCCGAAAGGUUCCUGUUGGUCCUGUUCUCAUCAUCUUUGCUUGGAACUACCCCUAUCUUAUUCUCGUCAACGCCUUGAUUCCAGCCCUGUUGUCUGGAAACUCGGUCAUUCUCAAGCCUUCGCCUCAGACACCCACCAUUGUCGAGCAGGUGGCCAAGGUGUUUGCCGAGGCUGGAUUGCCGGACGGAGUCAUCCAGUAUUUCCACUCGGGUUCGCCGACAAUUAUUGAAACAAUUGUGCGAAACCCCAAGAUUGCCAACAUUUGCUUCACCGGCUCGGUUGCUGGUGGCUUGGCCGUCCAGAAGGCCGCGUCGGAUCGCAUCGUCAACGUCGGUCUCGAGCUUGGUGGCAAGGACCCUGCAUAUGUUCGCGGUGAUGUCGACAUUGCCUGGGCUGCCGAAGAGAUUGUCGACGGCGCACUUUUCAACUCGGGUCAGAGCUGCUGCUCGAUUGAGCGAGUGUACGUUGACGAGAAGAUUCACGACGAGUUUAUUGCGGCCGUCCAGAACGUUCUUAAGGGAUACAAACUUGGAGAUCCCUUGGACAAAGGGACGCAUCUUGGCCCAGUCAUCUCGGCGCGCUCCAAGGAGACCAUCCAGGCACACAUCAAGGACGCGCUCGACAAGGGCGCCAAGAAUGCAACGCCGGAGAAUGAGACAUUCAGCAUUCUGCCUGACAAUGGUAACUUUGUCGCACCGACAUUACUGACCGAUGUGAAUCACGCCAUGACCGUCAUGAAGGACGAGACCUUCGGGCCCAUCAUUCCAGUCAUGAAGGUCAAGAGCGAUGCCGAGGCAAUUGAAUUGAUGAACGACAGCGAAUUUGGCCUCACUGCCAGUAUUUGGACCAAGGACACGGCCAAGGGAUACGAACUCGCCGAGGAUGUGGAGGCAGGCACUGUUUUUGUGAACCGUUGCGAUUUCCCCAGCCCUGAUCUGGCCUGGACUGGCUGGAAGAACUCUGGCAAGGGCCAAACGUUGAGCAAGUAUGGCUUCGACCAGUUCGUCAAGUUGAAGAGCUACCACUUGAAGGAUUAUCCCAAAUAG